UUGAGUCGGCCCCAACAAGUUUCAUUUCGUGCGGAUUACUUUUCGUUCAUGUUGCGAGACGGGACCCGCACCGACGUUACAAAGUCCCCAGAAUGGGAAACGCGAUGGCUCGGUGCUCGGAGGAAAGGGACAGAUGGGGUAAGUUCCGCUCAUUACGGAGAGAAGAUACUUUACGCCCACAUUUAAAAUACGUCUGUCGAGCCGGAACCAACAUUUUGGAGACAACAGGAAGAGGGGUCGGGGUGGGGACGGACGUUGCUAUGGAGGAGGUGCCAGCGAUGGAGGAACCGGCGGCGGCAGCAGCAGGUGCAUUAAACGGUGAUGGUUUUAAGAAACCUUUGCUCCCUUUGGCUCCACCACAGAAGAAAACUCUCCAUUCAAGCAUUCUGAAUACUGUCCCAGAAUCAAUUGAAAGUGUUGACGUUGUUGGGGAGUCCAAUGUGAAAGCUGUACCAGCCGUGGAGAGCUCUGUAGGUCAUGAACAAGAAAAUCAACUGGAACUCCAAGAAAGACCCACACCGGAUCAGCGGCUCAUUGAGGAUCCUCGUCUCAAUCCCAUAACACUGUCAAAGAAGCCCAGGUCAGCUGCCAUGAGGUUACCUUCAGAUAAAUAUAAGCCCUGCCCCCCUCUCCCAUAUGUGGAACCACCAUGGGGAGGGUUAGCAGAAGCCCCUUACAGCUUUGAGAUCCUCAAAAAUGGCAGCAUAGUCUCAGACAUGAAUCUGAAUUCAAAGAGCUUUUAUGUUGUUGGGAGGCUUCCGACCUGUGACAUCUCUCUUGAACAUCCUUCCAUUUCUCGGUACCAUGCCAUAGUGCAACAUAGGAGAGUUGCUGAUGGGGAGAGUGGCACUGGAUUUUACAUUUAUGACUUGAACAGUACUCAUGGGACAGUGGUAAACAAACAGAAAGUCCAUCCGAACUGUUACCAGAGGCUUAAAGUCGGCCAUGUUGUUAAAUUCGGAGGGAGCACACGACUCCUUGUAUUGCAGGGCCCAGAAGAGGAUGAAGAGGAGGAAUCUGAUUUUACUGUGACUGAGUUGAUGCAGAGGAGCCAACAGCACAAGCAGCUGGAGAAACGAAUGCUGGGCGAAGAUUCUGAUGAGGAUGAAAGUGCAGAUAUUGAAGCAGAGGAGCAGCCAAGGCCACCUGCAGCCAGCAGUGUCACUGGUUGCACAUGGGGAAUUGUUGAGGAUGCAGUGGAAGAUGAAAGUGAAGACAACCCAUAUUCCAUUGAAUUCCAGGAGGACCGUGAAGCUUUUUAUAUCAAAGACCCUAAGAAAGCACUACAGGGUUUCUUUGAUAGGGAAGGUGAGGAGUUGGAGUACGAGUAUGAUGAGCGUGGCUGUGGUACCUGGGUCUGUAGAGUCAGGCUCCCAGUGGAGGAUGCUCUAGGAAGAGAACUUAUUGCAGAAGUGACGCACACUGGUAAAAAGAAAGAAGCCAUGGUUCAGUGUUCAUUGGAGGCUUGCAAGAUACUAGACGCCAGAGGGGUUCUGCGCCUGGAAGCAGUUUCGCGGAAACGGAAAUCUAAAAACUGGGAAGCGGAGGACUUCUAUGACAGUGAUGAAGAUACUUUCUUAGAUCGGACAGGAGCUAUCGAAAAGAAAAGACUGAACCGAAUGAAGAAGGCAGGAAAAGUAGAGGAGAAAGUGGAAACUUAUGACUCAUUGGUUGCCAAGUUAACAGAGGUGCAGAAAGAGCUUUCUGAUGUUGAAGCCAAGUUGAAAAUGUCUGGCAAAGAUUGCACGCAAGCCCCUGGGGAAGAUCCUUUAGAUGCCUUCAUGACCAAAAUCCGAACAGGAGCAACAGUAGAUAAUGUCACUCGAAAGAAAUUGCACAUUAAGUCCUUUGAACUGAAAAGAGAGCAGCAAAGGCUACAGAAACUAAUAAAGAUAGUGACACCAGCAGAUUUACCAGAGCUGAAAAUGGAGAUUGCGAGUCAGGCUGGAGAUGCAGAACCCAAACCUAAGAAAAUUGCUCUCAUGUUUGGGGCAAUGAAGGGAGGAAAAAAGUAUAAACUGAAGACAGGCACUAUCGGGAGAUUGCCACCUAAACGACCUGAGCCACCUAGUAGUUGUUUUAACAUGAAGGAAAGCCAAGUAGUUGAAGAAGAAGAGGAGGAGGAGGAGGAGGAGGAAGAAGCACACAAGAACAAACCUGCUGCUCUGACCCAAGGACAAGAAAUAGAGCAAGAACCAGGCUUGUCUCACCCUACUGAUUUAACGGAAAAUCCCAGCCACGAUAGUGAAACCACACCGUCGGCUCAGGUUUCCAAUCAAGAAGGAGGUGAGGAUGGUGCAGCAGCUUCAAUAGAAGACAGGGACAUCGACUCUCCAUUGAAAGAUUCAAUGCCAGCCAUCUCACCAACUCUCAUCAGAGCACUACCCAGUGAAUGAUCCUGACUAUUGUGUGUGGAUGCCCCCUUCAGGUCAAACGGGUGAUGGUAGGACACAUCUGAAUGACAAAUAUGGCUAUUGAAAGCCCAAGGCAGUUGCCAUGUCCCAAGGAUGUACAUCUGGCUGGAGGGGAUUUGUAAAUGUGCCUAUACUGCCACCUUCAGAGCACUAUGUGUGCAGUCAGGAAGCUUAUGGCAGUAGCUGGUGUUGUAUGAAACUGGAGAACGGUGCAACUCUGAAAGUCUCAUCAAGGUCAUUUUGCUGUUGCUGUGCAUCCCUACACCCCAUCCCUGUUAGGAUGUUUUUGGGACUCUAGAGCACACAAAACAAUAUUUACGUAAAAUUCUGUUUCUCCUUUUUUGGGUUCCCACUGGGGCAGAGUCGCAGUCCCAAUUGGAGACACAUCUGACGGUAUUAUCAAACGUUAGAACAAUUUGAUAUCUGUGACUCCUAACGUGAUGUGCUUAUGGCUUUGAUACUGCUGCCUGGGACAGCCCCCUAGUUCUCCUGUCUAAAGUGGAGUACAAUUACUUACCACAUGGGAAAUGAAACAGGAGUUUUCCAUUUGAUGCCUGAGUUUGGUAUUUUCCCUUGAGAGCACAAACCAGAGUUUAAGCUACUUAGAGCAGCAGUAAGUCUUUGGAUGACCACAGACAACACAGAGGUCAGUGGCUGCAGCUAUUUGUAGUAAUCAUUUGAGAAGUUCAGGACAAGGUAUCCACAAUAAAUAACCAUAAGUCUACACUCAAUUCACUUCUGCUUAUUAUAUACAGCCUCAGUUUACUCUUGGUUUUUGGCUUUUUCAGUGCUUGCUCGUGUUUGGUUUCAACAUCUUCAAAUGUAAUGUAAGAUUAAUAUUGUGAUUCCAGACUAACUGAAACCCAUCUGGAGCUCAUAUCAGAAAUUCCUGGGGUGUACCAUGCAUCUGUUUUGCAGUUAAUUGACAGUGCAGCAUGAACCCCCAUAAUUUCAGAGACAUUGGUCAGAAAAUUACACCUUGAGUGUGGUUGUGGGUGCAUGUGCAUACAAAAGCAACUAUAUUGUGCUGUCUGUCACCUUGCUGAAGGGAGAGGAUAUGCUUGGUAAUAUAGCAUUUGGUUGCUUUGUUAUGACGAAAAUAAAUCAUUUUAUUUGGAGCUA